GCAUGCCUUGACAGUCGGGCAUGCUGGGAGUUGUAGUUUUGCAACAGCUGGAGGCUCACUGGUUGGGAAACCCUGAUAUCUAGUCACACUGCAGUAACUCUCCAAAGAAACUACGACUCCCAGCAUGCCAUAAGCGGCUGGUAGAUCGCAGGCAUGCCGGGAGUUGUAGGCUGUGGUCCCUCCCCUUCCCAUCUGCAGACGUGUCUCAAGCGGCAGUGACUAAGUCAGAGCAUCACUCCUAUCCUAUACACGGUGUUCGGCCAUGGCUACUGACCGGCUGGUGGAGGAGCUGCGGGCCAGGGUCCGGGAGCUGGAAGAGGAGCUGGGCAGGACCAGACAUGAGAUCCCCCGGGCUAAGAUCAGCAAGAUGAGUGCGGAGGUGGUGGACUCCAACCCCUACAGUCGUUUAAUGGCUUUGAAGAGAAUGGGAAUAGUUCAGGAUUAUGAGAAAAUCCGAACCUAUACUGUGGCAGUAGUGGGUGUUGGCGGUGUGGGCAGCGUCACUGCAGAAAUGCUAACAAGAUGUGGAAUCGGUAAGCUGCUACUGUUUGACUAUGAUAAGGUGGAGCUGGCAAAUAUGAACAGGCUCUUCUUCCAGCCACAUCAGGCUGGGCUUAGCAAAGUGGAGGCUGCUGAGCAUACCCUGAGGAAUAUAAAUCCCGAUGUCCAGUUCGAAGUUCAUAACUACAACAUCACAACUCUAGACAACUUCCAACAUUUCAUGGAUAGAAUAAGCAAAGGAGCAUUAAGAGAAGGAGAACCAGUAGACCUUGUACUUAGCUGUGUUGAUAACUUUGAAGCACGCAUGGCCAUUAACACUGCUUGUAAUGAACUUGGACAGAUCUGGAUGGAGUCUGGAGUUAGUGAGAAUGCAGUGUCAGGACACAUUCAACUUAUUAAACCUGGGGAAACAGCAUGCUUUGCGUGUGCACCACCUCUAGUAGUUGCUGCAAACAUCGAUGAAAAGACUUUAAAACGAGAAGGCGUUUGUGCUGCCAGUCUGCCCACCACAAUGGGAGUUGUAGCAGGAAUACUUGUACAGAAUGUACUCAAGUAUUUGUUAAAUUUUGGCACAGUCAGUUACUACCUAGGAUACAACGCAAUGCAAGAUUUUUUCCCUACUAUGGCCAUGAAGCCCAACCCAUCAUGUGAUGAUAGAUACUGCAGACAACAACAGGAGGCAUACAAGCUCAGAGAGGCUUUAGAACCAAAGCCAGUGGUAGUAGUUGUAGAGGAAUCACCAGUUAUACACGAAGACAAUGAGUGGGGCAUUGAGCUGGUGUCUGAAGUCUCUGAAGAAGAGUUAAAAGAAGCUUCUGGACCUGUCCCCGAGCUGCCAGAGGGAAUUAAAGUGGCAUAUACAAUUCCUAUAACGAAACCUACAUCAGGAGCCAUAGUGGAAGACACAGAUCAGAGUCUGGAGGAUCUCAUGGCACAAAUGAAAAACAUGUAAUACUACUAAUGGUUGUCACUCACUGAGGUCAAGGUUCAUCAUUCCUGUGUGUCCUAGUGUAACGCAUUGUUAUAAUAGUUCUUGGCUCUUCUGAAUUGGAACUAAAAAGGAGUUAUCAUCUGUUCAUCCUCUGUACUUAAUCUCUGUACAAAUAAACAGCUUAGCAUUAUUUAAAUACAUUUUCUCUCUCUGAU